GCUCUGCACUAUGCUAAUUUCCUGUUUAUUACCUUACUGACUUGUUUUGUUUGUACGCCCGCCAUUGUGGAAAACAACUCGUGAAGAUGGACCUGCUAGAAGAGCUAAUCUGCGAAGAAGUGAGGAAGCACCCCCAUCUGUACGACUCUCGUUCUAUACACUACAAGGACAGCAGAUAUUCCAGAAAUUCAUGGAGGGAGAUAGCGAUGAAUGUGGGUGUAGAUUCGGCCGAGGCGGUGAGGAAGUGGAAAAACGCACGGGACAAGUUUGUGCGACAACGAAGGGACAUGAGGGCGAAAAAGAGAGGAGACCCAGGCGGAAAGAAGGUCCCAGCGUUCUAUAUCACCAUGUCCUGGCUGGAACCCUUCGUUAAACAUCGAAAAACAACCUCAAAUUUCCCUUCAGAGACACAGAUGACGCAGGACCCGGAUCCCACCUGUGGUCUAAGCUCAGAUACGACCGCCGAGCUCAGCUCUAAUCCACCUUCGCCCACCCGGACCCUGGAGAGCCUGUGUGCCAGCCAGACCAAGCACCAGCACACAGAUGAGCAGGGAGUUCAGGCACGUUUGGAGCAACUGACUGAAAGACGGCAGAUGCUUCAACAGGGUCUGCAGCAGGAUGACUGCUCGUCCUUUGGGGUUUUCAUAGCGGACUUGCUGAGGAAGGUACCGGUGGACAGUAGGGACAUUGUCACCAGGAGUGUCAUCAACCACAUGUAUGACCAGAUGGAUCGGGUGCGGGCAGCAGCACAAACACCAAACUGACUGUUAUGUUAUGCACUUCAUGAAUCUUUGUCAGGAUAUACAGCUACCAUCUUCAUUCUGCAUAUGGCAAAGAUUUGGGGAUGGAAUCAGAACAAUUUUCUUUAUUUAAAAACAAAGUGUAAUAUUUUGAUAAGCUGGAGGCAGGGACGUCUCCUCAUCUGCAAAUGUGUAUGAUGUGAUGAUGUUACAGACUGGAGUUCUCUUACUGUUUAUUGGAGCAGCUUCACGGGAAGUGAGCCUGGUGGGUAAUGCUUCAAGGUAUAAACACGGAGCUUACAUUUAAAAGCUUUAGAAAAACAUUAACGGCAAAAGAGUGAUUGUGAUAUCCAGGUUAGUAUUAUAAGGCAAUAACUUUGACAAAACAUUCAUUUGACAAAAAAAAGCUGCUCCGCUCCUCAGAUGACUGAGUCCAUGACUCAAAGUUACAGGCAAAAACUAACUCAUAUUUAUCGUUUUCUUAUUUAACAGAAAUGUACCAGAUCCCUAUUGAGAUUUUAAAGUUAUACAGAGGUGACUUGAAUAUUAGUUUCUCUAGCAUCAUUACAUUAGUCGAUAUCUUAAGGCCAUGUGUUUUCAGCAGAGCACACACGGAUUUACUGGGACAGAUUUACUGGGAUAUGCAACAACAUGCAAUAAAAUCUGGGAAAUAUUUUACAAGAAAAA